UUCUCCAACAUUUUCGGACAGGGCACAGCUAGCAACGCUUUAAUUGUUAAUAAAUUGAGAAAAUAAUAGCAACAACUUGGAAGAUGAAUUGCAGGCUGUUGGCCCUAGUUUGCCUGUGCUUAGCUUCGACUUGCCAAGGCGGCUCGGUCUUUGAUUUCGUCACACAGUCAGCUGCAGCAGCGGACAAUGCGACAACAACUGCUGCGCCUGCGGCAGCAAAGCCUGUUGGCAAUCGUGAUAUAACUGUGGGACCCUGCAAAUGGGCCAUAGGACGCAGCUGUCCCGAUCCCGAUGUCAAAUAUUAUAUUUAUACGCGCCGCAAUGUCAUGGAUCGCCAGAGUCUGCACAUUGAUGCGACGGCCGAGCAAUCCAAUCUCACCAAUUCCUAUUUCAAUCCCAAGUUUCCAACCAAGAUACUCAUACACGGCUACAACUCCGACAUGUUUCUGAGUCCGCUGCAACAAAUGCGAGAUGAAUACUUAGCCAAGGCGGACUACAACAUAAUCUAUGUGGACUGGAGUGUGCUGUCGCCGGGACCUUGCUAUAUAAGCGCUGUGCACAACACGCGGCAAGCGGGCGCCUGUGCUUCGCAGCUGAUUGAGCGUCUGGUGGAGACAGGCAAUACGGAUAUACACAUCAUUGGCUUCUCGCUGGGCGCCCAGGUGCCCAACUAUAUAGCACGCAAUUUGAAGUCCUUUCAGCUGCCACGUAUCACAGGACUGGAUCCGGCGAUGCCACUCUUCAUUACUGCCGGCCUCAAUGACAAGCUGGAUCCGAGCGAUGCAGGAUUUGUCGAUGUGAUACACACGAAUGCGCUGGUGCAGGGCAAACUGGAGCGUUGCGGUCACGCUGAUUUCUAUAUGAAUGGCGGCAUUUCACAGCCAGGAUGCUCAAAGCCACAGUGGAUGAAUUCAUUUGCCUGCAGCCAUCAGCGCGCAACGGCCUAUUACCUCGAGUCCAUACGCUCACCCAAAGGAUUCUGGGGCUGGGCCUGCAGCGGCUACAUCUCCUAUCUGCUGGGCAUGUGUCCGCCCACAAACUAUCUGCUGGAGGCCGGCGAAAAUAUACGACCCGGCACGCGUGGCAUGUUUCUAAUAGACACCAACGACACCUCGCCUUAUGCGCUGGGCAAGUGGACGGAUCUGCCCACGCUUGGCGUCAAGCGUCCACGAACACCUCCGUUGCCACAACGCAUACCAACGCCGAAUGUCGAUCCAUUGCUGCAGCACAUCGAUCAGUUUGGCAAGCUGGCCUCCAAUUUCAAUAACCUGCCCAGCACACCUGAUAUUCACGAUCUCUAUGAGCACUGGACCAGCUACAGUCCGCCACAACUCACAGACAACGAGAGCGACGACUUGAUCGAGGAGCAGGAUUUAGGCUCAGGUGAAUUUAUAGAAGUGCUCGACGAUCGUCAACUGAAUAGGCCACUAAACUGGUGGGAUUACAGACGCAAUCUUACCUAUGGAUACAUAGACAAUGAUAUAUUCAGCAUGCCAAACGUGCACUAACUGAACAACGCAAAUACUUAGCUCCCUUCCCUUGCCCCUAGCCCAUUGAGGAUCUGAAAGAGACUCUUAUGA